AUGGGCGGGUGUAUGAGCUCCAAUACCGAGGAGGCGGAACAGAAGAAGAAGAGUCAAGCCAUCGACAGAGUAAUAGAGGAGGAUUCGAAAAGACUACGGAAAGAAUGCAAAAUUUUGCUCUUGGGUUCUGGAGAAAGUGGAAAGUCUACCAUCGUCAAGCAGAUGAAGAUCAUCCAUCUCAAGGGAUAUUCAGAAGAUGAAUUGUAUAAUUAUCGACCCACCGUAUUUAAGAACCUUGUCGAAUGCGCAAAGGCCGUUAUCACCGCGAUGCAACAAUUUGACAUUGAGCCGCAACUGGAAGAGAAUAAGCGACAUAUCGAGUACUUGAUGGAAUAUCAAGCCGAAUCUGGACCACAGGCACACAUUGAUCCCCAAGUUGGCACAGCUAUUCAGUCGCUGUGGGCCGACCCUGCGAGAGAGCGGUUGAUGGAGCACCAGACCGAAUUCUAUUUAAUGGAUUCUGCAGAAUACUUCUUCCAGGAGGUGUUGAGAAUAGUUGCCCCCGACUACCUACCGAACGAAAUGGAUGUGCUGCGAGCUCGUACCAAAACCACUGGCAUAUACGAAACGAGGUUUCAAAUGGGCCAGUUGAGUAUUCAUAUGUUUGAUGUCGGUGGGCAACGAAGCGAGAGAAAGAAGUGGAUUCACUGCUUUGAGAAUGUUACGUCAAUUAUUUUCUGCGUCGCUCUCUCCGAAUAUGACCAGGUUCUCCUCGAGGAGAGCAGCCAGGUUAGCCAAUAUCGACUUGCUGGGCAUCACGAGCUCCUAAGACUGACCGACUAUCGUAGAACCGUAUGA